AAAAGCCCUUGUCUACCGAGACUCUCCCCGCUUCACAUGCAAAAACUGCCCGGAAACGGUGACUCAGAUGCUUGAAAAUUCGCCAGCGCGUUUCGACGUCAACUUUGCUGGUCCAAAAGAUUCGGACGUGGACGAGGACAGCUUAAAGGAUGUGAAGGUAUUUACGUUCCCAGGAGGACCUGGUAAGUUACCUCUUCGUCGCAGAAAUACGUCCCUGACUUAGGUAAUGUGAUGAUUAUGCUACAUAGACCGAGACACCGCAUACCAACGCACAAAGCAUUUUCAAACCCCUCUGCAACUUCAUCGCCGGCGGUGGCCGUUACAUGGGCUUCUGUCUGGGCGCAUACCUUGCCGGUACUAACCUGGAUACGGGCUAACCCCGAACAGCACUGAUAUCGAGUCAGAGAUCACACGAAAAGGCGCGCAGGUGAGGAAAGAGGACGAUAGGGUCAUCCAAGUUGACUGGACUUUUAGCAACUGCACCACAGAGAAAGGAAGAUGGCUUAACUUCCAGGAAGGCGCGUAUGUCGAGUACUUCGGUAACCGCCAGAGUUAGGUGCUGUCACGGUACUCGAAAACCGGGG